UCCAAGAAUUUUUACAAAGAUGUUGAAGCCAAUAUUAAUCUAGACCAGAAGCCAAAGAAUCAGAAUUACAGCUUAUUUAGAGAAUUUACUUAUUUUGGCAAAAUUGAAAAUGCUGAUGAACAAGCAUACAAAGCUUAUUAUAAACAAACUAUUAAAGUUGGACUUUAUAAUAAACUCAAAACAAAUGCUAAUCUUACUUCUGAAGUCAAAAAUAAUGAGUAUAAGAAGAGAAUGCAAAGUAGCAUUGAAACAUCUAAACAUACUGAAAAUAAAAGUCUUGAUAAAGGACAAAAAUUUAGCACUAAAACAAAAGAGAUAGAAUUGCAACUUGAUUCUAUUCAAACAAA